GCUUGUUCCGGUAGGCCUCCCACCGGAUGUGAAAUCUCCUCAAGCGCUUGAUCUUACUCAGCUGCUUCAAGUUGGUGUACCCCUUGGGGAACGUAACAAUGUACGGGGUUUCCUCUGACGAGGCGGACUCUCCCUUUCUCUUGAUGGCGUGUACCGCCACAGCAUCCAGGUUUUGCGAUUCCUUGAGGUUCUUCUUGACGAAUUCAGGUGAAGCCGGUGGAAGUCCUCUGACGACGACGCGGAGUUGCCGCUCGCUUCGUUUCUCGUGGGUGUAGAACUCCACUUUGUUCGCAAUCAAGUGGGCCCGCGCGGUCUCAAAACGCUCCUCGGAGGAACACAGCAAUUUGAUCCCAAACGGAGUUAGCUUGUAACUUGGCUUGGUUGUGCACGGCGACAUUACACUCCUCAGCUUGGCGUAGCUCGUAUUCUUUACCACCAGAGGUGGUGGUUUCUUGGCCACUGGAACCACUGGGACGUCUCCUUUCCCGGCUUGUUUACCAUUGUUGUUGUUGUUCUUCACCAGCGGGCUGAACUUGUUGUUGUUGAGAAGAUGCUCCUCUUGGCCAUUUCCGACAACGACCCCGUCGCUGGUCUUCUUCCGCUUCCGCGAUCCGUUUACGGAACGAAACUCGUCCCCAUCGGAGGACUCUUCCACCUCCAUCUGAAAGCACUUUGCCGCGCAACGAAACCCGACCGUAAGACGUUCCUCACGCACAUCCGCAGCGCCGUGUACUGUGCCAACAUCGUCUCGUAUGGCCAUGGCUUUAUGCUGCUCCGCAAGGCCGUCAACGAGUACAAGUGGAACCUGAACUUCGAUGGAAUCGCGUUGAUGUGGCGUGGAGGUUGCAUCAUCCGCAGUGCUAUUGGCAAGAUGCUAUUGCACAGUUCGUCGAAGCAUCCAAAUACACAGAACUGUACCGUUGGGGCAGAUUCUUUACCGAAAAGACGGUUCGUUUGAUGUGGUUCCCAACACGGAGUUGUCGUGGCGCGGACUGCGUCGCGAGGUAAUUCGUUGUACCGGAAGGCCACUUUGAGGAAGUGACUGGUUGCUUAAACUUAAAAGAAGAUCGUCGAGCUGGAUCAGGAACGGGAUCAGGCUUUGUAGAUCCUCACCAAAACGACGAAAAGAUUGAAGCGCUCAAAAAAGGAAAAUCUCGUCAGAGGAAUCUAACAAAACCGACCUCGAAGCCACCCUCCCGGAAGAAUCUCACCACCCUCAUGGACAAAAUCCAGCCCCUGCUCGAGCAAAAAGGGCAACUCUGGAGCAACAUUUGAAAGGGGCUGUACGAC